GCGUGGAAGUGUCAUUGCUGUUCGAAUGUAUUAUUUAAUGUUCUACAUGAACAUGUCUGUAGAUCAGAACUGAUCACCCUGGAAAGUAACCUUCUUGCCUCUAUUUAUUUGUCAAAUACACCAGCGGGAAUUCCAGCCCCAGUGUAUUUUGGAGUGGCCAUAGAUACCACUUGCCUGAAAUGGGGAAGCAAAAGAUGUGGGGGAAGAGGAGCGUGCAGACUCUAUGACUCCAGUGCACUCAGAUCCAAAGCAGGUUUGUUUCAAGUGACCCAUUUUUUCCGAGGGGCUCUGCAGUGGCGUCUGGAUCUUCCUUCAGAAAUCUGUUCUGUUUACAGUUGGAAUUGCACAAACAGAUCACUCGGUAAAGAAACCAACCAUGACAGUGGAAACCGAAUCCAGCAAUGUCGCUGACUCAAAUCAGGAAGCAGAACCUGCCCAGUUUUUGGAUGAUGAAGCAAACAAAAAUCUACCAGUCAAAAAGAAGUCUUCCUGUUGCACUGGCUUGAAGGCAUUUCUCGCUGCUUUAUCAUUCAGCUACUUGAGUAAAACAUUGUCUGGUACGAUUAUGAAAAGCUCCAUCACUCAGAUUGAACGAAGGUUUGGCCUGAUGUCCUCUACUGUUGGUUUAAUCGACGGGAGCUUUGAGAUGGGUAACUUGCUGAUGAUUGCAUUUGUAAGCUACUUUGGAGCUAAACUUCAUAGGCCCAAAGUAAUAGCUGUUGGAUGCUUUACUAUGGCUUUGGGAAGUCUUUUAACAGCAAUGCCUCAUUUCUUCAUGGGAUAUUAUAAGUAUGAGACAGCACCACAUACAGCUUCUUCAGCCAACUUAUCUUCAAGCAUAAAUCCCUGUUCCAUUCAUGAAGGUGUAAACGAAACCUUGUUGGAAGUGUCCCGAUCAGGCUGUGAGAAGGAACCAUCAUCACAUAUGUGGAUAUAUAUCUUACUCGGAAACAUGUUACGUGGAAUUGGUGAGACACCAAUAACACCAUUGGGCAUCUCUUAUCUUGAUGAUUUUGCUAAAGAAGAGGAUGUUCCCGUGUAUGUAGCAUGUUUGCACACAAUAGCCAUGCUGGGCCCAAUGUUUGGCUUCCUGUUGGGAUCUUUAUGUGCAAAACUGUACGUGGACAUUGGAUUUGUGGAUUUAGGAAGCAUCACUAUCACCCCACAGGAUUCCCGCUGGGUGGGUGCAUGGUGGCUUGGUUUUUUAAUAGGUGGGGCAACUGGUUUCCUAGCUGCUAUUCCAUUUUGCUUCUUGCCGAAGAGUCUGAAAAAGCCGGAGGAAGCCAAUAAUGACAAAACUUCAUAUGGUCUCUUGGAAAACAUGGGCACCACGAAGAAUACACUUCCUCCUGCAAAUCCUAAGCCAAGGAAGUGGUCAGUAAUAUUGAAAGAUUUCUAUACCUCCCUGAAAAAAGUAUUGAGUAAUCGAAUGUACUUUACAUUUUUGUGUUGCUCACUGUUACAGUUCAGUAGCUUUAUUGGUUUCUUGACUUACAAACCAAAGUACAUGGAACAGCAGUAUGGACAAUCUACAUCUAAAUCUAACUUUCUAAUAGGAUUGACAUCCUUACCUCCUGUAGGUAUUGGGAUUUUCCUAGGAGGGCUCAUAAUGAAAAAGUACAAAAUGAGCAUCAUUGGAGCAACCAAGUUUGCAUUUACCAUGUCAUUUUUGGCCUACGUCAUCACUCUCUUGCACUUUUUUGUUGGCUGUGAGAACCAUGUAGUAGCAGGGAAAAAAAGUAAGUAUAAAAUGAAGAAGAGUAUCAAAUCCAUUCCGUACCAUGAAAAUGCCGUAUUUUCUGAGUGCAACUCUGACUGCAAAUGUGCCUCCAAUGUGUGGGAUCCUGUGUGUGGAGACAACGGACUGACAUAUGUUUCAGCCUGUCUAGCUGGGUGUACAACUUCGGUGGGACAUGGAAAGAACACAGUCUUCCAUAACUGCAGCUGUCUUGAAGCCAGCAGUUCAUGGACAGGAAAUAAUUCUGCCACCUUGGGACAAUGUCCAAAAAGUGAGGAUUGUUCAAUGAGGUUUAUUUAUUAUACAGUAAUACAAGUCAUAAGUGGCUUUUUUUAUGCAUUGGGAGGCACCCCAGCAUACAUGAUUAUGUUUAGAUGCGUUCAGCCAGAGUUGAAAUCUCUUGCAGUUGGUCUAUACACGCUCAUUAUGAGAAUGCUAGCUGGGAUUCCAGCGCCGGUGUAUUUCGGUGCACUGAUUGACAAGACGUGCUUGAAAUGGGGAAGCACAAGCUGUGGGCAGCGAGGGGCUUGCAGGCUAUACGACUCCAAUGCAUACAGGUAUGUCUACCUUGGUUUAUCAGCAGUGUUAAGAGGUCCUUCCUACUUGAUUGCAAUCUUUUUUUAUAUAUUGGUGAAGAAACACUUUCAAAAUAAGAACUCUAGGCCUACAGAGAAUGGAGGAAGAGAAGAUGGUCCAAUGAAUGAAGAAGAUAAUUGCAAGAUCAAAGAACAUUUGCCAGGUUCUUCUGAUGCAGAGAAUGAAUCAU